CACACACACACUUAUAACACUUAAACUGAGCAAAUGCACAUUCUUAUUUCAUGCUAUUUACAGGUGUAGGCACAAUGUGUAUAUUUCUUCCUAUUGUUAAUUUGUGCUCUUCGGCAUGAACAUUCCUAUUAUAUAAACCAGCAUAAACAGGCCAAUGAUUAACACUUUUAAUCUGAUCAAACACUGUGAAUUGAAUAUAUAAAAAAUAACAAUGUGUUUCUAGUGCAACCUGUCUUCAGUUUGUUUUGUUUUCACAGUGACAUCGCAAGGGAGGGCAACUUUUGCUGAACAAUGUAGUCCUGUGUACAGGGGGACACAGUGACACACACACAAACACAACCUCUACACAACGGUCAUUGAACAAACAAACACCACAGAACUCUGUACAGUCACACGAACAUGCACGACUUGCUAUAAGUGUUCUACAUAAUUAUCUCUUUUUUCAUUGACUCAAGUUUAAUUUACUCAGUGUUUCAACUCAAACGACCUCAGCUGGUCCAUAUGUCCUGGCAUUAUUUCUGUCAUGAAGGUGAUGUUAACCUUGUGUAAAUGUGAUGGCACUGUAAGCACCAAUUUCCUAGUAAACUGAGACCGCCUGAAUACUCCUUGUUUAUGUUUGUCUGGGGAGAUUUCGUGUUGAUUGUGUGAAGGGGGCCCCUAGGUGCGGAAAGAGAUAAUGGGGCGACCCUACCUUUACCCAGCACGCACACCCAACGGGCCCCCCACUGAAGCCUGCUAAUACCAAUAAGUGCUUGUUGGCCCGAGGGUUUAUGUUACGUCUGAAAUCAUCGUGUGCUGGCUUCGGGAGUCUGAUAUUUGGAUCAGGGACAAAGCUCACAGUUCUCGAUCCCCAAAUUCCUGUCACAAAGCCAAAUGUAACGGUCCUGCCACCUUCUCCGAAAGAGAUCUGUGGGAAGGUGACUCUAGUGUGUGUGGCAACAGACUUCUACCCUGACCAUGUUGCUGUAUCCUGGAAGAUCAAUAAUGAGACUGUUACGAGUGGAGUGGGAACAGAAAACAGUGCCCACAGUUUAAACAAAAUGUAUAGCAUCUCCAGUCGCCUGCAAGUUAAAAAGUCAGUUUGGCAAAACACCGCAAACACCUUUACUUGUUCUGUCCAGUUCUUUGAUGGGGAAGACAAUGUCACUGUGACAGACAUAAUUCAUGGCCAGAGUGGGUCAGGGUUGACAGUGGAGACGGUGCGCCGGGCCAUGCUGACAGCACGUUUUGCCUAUCUCCUCUUUUUGGGCAAGAGCAUUCUGUAUGCUUUAGUGGUGGGCGGCCUGGUGUGGAAAAUCAGGGGCAGCAAGCAGAGUACAGGAGAAUGAUGAAACACCCUGAAAUAACGGCCAUGUUUAAAAAGUGCCACUUUUCUUAACUAUACUAGAGCGUCAUUUCAAAAAAAGAAUUGUUUUGCAUAAUUCCUAAUUCAUUUCCUGUACUUCACAAAUGCUUCUGUAUUACAUACUCUUGUAUUCCAUAGUUAUCAUUAUGUGUGUAAAACCUGUGCCCAAUGCCUGUUAUGCAAAUGAGCGAAACCUUUUUCAAUAAAAAAGAAACAUGGCAUUAAGACAGCAGGAUGGAAUUAA